CUUUCGUCUGUCGUUGUGAUUGCUGUGCAGCCAAAAACCGCCGUGAAAGGUGCAUCAUGGGUCGCCUGGAUGGGAAAGUGAUUGUGCUGUCUGAUGCUACGCAGGGAAUUGGACGUGCUGCAGCAAUUGCUUUUGCAAAUGAAGGAGCUCAGGUCACUGCAACAGACAUAAAUGGAGAAAAGCUGAAGAAGCUGGAAGGAAUUAGAGGAAUCAGAACCAAAGUGGUGGAUGUGACCAAAAAGGAGGAAGUGGAAGCUUUGGCUCAAGAACACGCUCAUGUGGAUGUGGUGUUCAAUGUUGCAGUCCGCCGUGAAAGGUGCAUCAUGGGUCGCCUGGAUGGGAAAGUGAUUGUGCUGUCUGCUGCUGCGCAGGGAAUUGGACGUGCUGCAGCAAUUGCUUUUGCAAAUGAAGGAGCUCAGGUCACUGCAACAGACAUAAAUGGAGAAAAGCUGAAGAAGCUGGAAGGAAUUAGAGGAAUCAGAACCAAAGUGGUGGAUGUGACCAAAAAGGAGGAAGUAGAAGCUUUGGCUCAAGAACACGCUCAUGUGGAUGUGGUGUUCAAUGUUGCAGGGUUUGUGCACCAUGGCAGCAUCUUGAACUGCGAGGAGGCUGACUGGGACUUCACAAUGAAUGUCAAUGUGCGGAGCAUGUAUCUCAUGUGCAAGGCUUUCCUGCCCAAGAUGUUGGAAAAGAAAUCAGGAAAUAUUAUUAACAUGUCUUCAGUUGCUUCAAGCAUUAAAGGUGUGGUGAACCGUUUCGUCUACAGCACAUCGAAGGCUGCUGUAAUAGGACUCACCAAAUCCAUAGCGGCAGAUUUCAUCGAGCAAGGCAUCCGCUGCAACUGCAUUUGUCCCGGGACUGUUGAUACUCCGUCCCUCCGGGACAGGAUCCAGGCCCAACCUGACCCAGAAAAAGCAUAUAAGGAUUUCAUGGCUAGACAGAAAACUGGAAGAAUGUGCACGGCGGAAGAAGUUGCACACCUCUGUGUGUACCUUGCCUCCGAUGAGUCCGCCUAUGUGACUGGGACGGAGCACAUCAUUGAUGGAGGAUGGAGUCUAUGAAGAAUCCUUUAUGAUUGGAAAUUUUCAUUCAAAAUUAAAAUGAAGCUGCACUUCUUGAUGGUGAUUCUGUAGAUGUUUUUACUUAGUUGAAGAUUACUUGAAUCAUUGUUGAAAAUAAUGCAGCAUACAGUACUUCAAAUGUGUGUAAUAAAUGUGCCAGAUGAUUAGAAAACAUAAUAAAAACAUUUGAAAACAUG